AUGAACGUAUUCAAAAAGGCUCUGGACAGCGAUAGAAACUUCCAAUCAUCGCUUUACAUUGGUAAUCUAGAUCCUCAGGUUGACGAGCCUCUACUAUACGAGCUCUUCAUCCAGCUAGGCCCAGUCAAGCUGCUCUAUCUACCGAAAGAUAGGAUUCUGCGAAAACACCAAGGGUUCGGUUUCAUAGAGUUCAGAACUCCUGAAGAUGCUGGCUAUGCUCUUGAGAUUCUUCGAGGUAUCAGACUAUAUGGGCGUAUCUUGAAAAUGAAGAAAACAGACCCUAAGCAUGGUACGUCAUCUACCUCUAGUGCAGGCGCUGGAGAUGAGGUGGGCUUAAGCAUAGGCGCUAGACUCUUCGUCAAAAACUUGAACCAAAUGGUGGAUGAUAAGUAUUUGAAGGAAACCUUUGGGAAGUUUGGAAACCUUAUAGAGAACCCACUGAUAGUUAGAGAUGAGGAAGGAAACUCAAAGGGCCAUGGGUUUGUGGAGUAUGACAGUUUCGAGGCCAGUGAUGAAGCAAUUGAGAGGAUGAAUGGUGCCAUACUUAUGAAUAAUAGGGUCACCGUGGAGUACGCUUACAAGGAGGGCAAAUCGAGGCAUGGCGACAGCGUCGAGAGGCUACUCGCUGAGAAAGCUAAAACGAACGUUAAGAAACCAGUGCCCACGAAAACCAAGAAGCCAAGAAGGGGUCAACAGUAG